AUGAAAUUUGGUCUCCGAAUCACCACAACAUUUUUCUUAGCAUUUCCAUUGCAAAGGUCACCAUCUUUCCCAAUCAAGAAGGACCACAUAGUGUCCUCUGUUGUGAUUUUAUUUGGAGGGGCAUUGUUCUCUCUAAAUUCUAAUGCUGCCUUUCUGUUGUAUGUUGCAGAAAAUGCUUCCUUUCUGAGUGUCCCUUUACGUUCACUCAACAUUUCAAAUUACAUUCUAUCUUUGUCUCCUUCAUGCAUAGAAGAAGAUGUGCUGGGAUUUUGGUUGGGAAUGAUGCCAAUUGCAUUUGCUGUAGCAUAUGUUGGCUCAACCUUUAAGAGUCUUUCAGAGAUUACACAUGGAUCGAACCAAGUUUCAACAAUUCAAUGGGUACUAUUGUCAAUGGGCUUAGCAUUAUCAGUGGCUGUGUUGGCUUUCAUCACCAUAAUUGCUAAUGCCCCUGAUGAAUUAGCUAAGCUGGACCUCCCGAAGCCUGUCAAGGUCAGAAUAGAUCCACUAAGAGAAGAUCUUGAAAGAAAAAUGUUAGUUACUGUGUGAGCUUAGUAUA